AAACAACAUGGACGCCAAGAAACGAAAAUGCUAAACAGUGUAAUAUUUUGACAGCUAUACGGAACAGUUUGAUCUUAUUCCUGGAAGUUCAACAUUACAUAAUUUGAGUCAUUAUGCCUGCUGUCACCAGUAAUUGCAUCGACCCGAGGAUGAAAGGACAAAUGAUGGAGAGCCUGUCGACUGGCCAGCUACUAACAAUUAUCGAGGGACUUCGUCACGACCUUCAGAUCAGUCAAGCUGAGACUAAACAAAUGGAAGAUCAGCUGCAUGUUCUUGUGUCCCUCAUCAGAAGGUCCUGGAAAGGAGACAAAACUGCAAAUUUACACUUGGCAAACAUUGUUGGUAUCCAGCCAAGUGAUCUUGUGGAGACAGCUCAGUCUGAGAAGACAUCUUCUGUUAAACACUGGGAGAGAUUAUCGCUGAAGUUGUUACAAAGGGAAUACGAGAUGGUACGGCGAGAGAUCGAACAGCGCCAGCAGCUGUACAUGGAAGGGAGAUCACUCUACAUGGAGGAGUUAAUGGAUUCACACCAGAAAGAUAUGUCACAGUUUGUUCUUCACCGACGCACGAACAGCCGAAAUAAUCUAGACCAGGUCGACAAGCAGUUUCUGAAGAGGUUUACCAACAAGCCGAGUUUGGUCCGUCGUCCCCCAAGCGGUAACAGACAGAGAACGCGCUCCAAGUCAGCUGGCAUGCAGCGUCCGCAGCUGAACAGGGAACAGGAGGCUGAAGUGACACUGAAAGAAUUGUUCAUCCAGCCCACGGCCAGUAGAAACUGCACUAUGAACAAUAGUAAUAGCAAGGCCCCAGCAUCCACCUGUGAGACCGAAUACAACAACUUCAGUAGACAGGGUAAUAAUGUCAGACAGUGGAAGAGCCAUGAAUCAUAUGACAACCCACACAGAUAUGUUCAGUCUAACCUGUUUGAAAUGGGGCCUGUGAUUGAUUCGCAAACUAAGAAGGUUCGACCGUGUAGUGCUGUGUUACAGAGACAACAAGACCAUGCUAGGUCAAGGCCAAGAAGUGCUGGACAUGGUGCUGAACAAAUGUCCCUUCCACAAAGAUGUGAAAGACCUCUGAAGUAUGAAACGACCUACCCAGUGCCAUUCCCAUCAAAGGAUGGAAAUCGGUCGAACAACGCAAUAGAGCAUUCUCCACCAGAACAAACUGGUUUUCCACCAGAACAAACUGGUUCUCCACCAGAACAAACUGGUUCUCCACCAGAGCAGGAUACAGAACCAUCCUGUGAUACAUACUGGUCCGCUCAAGAUGAAAUUGUCCAGAAAGAUGUCAAGAAACCUCGAGCAAAAUCAGCAGUGAACAGGCCCGUUCCAUUCAAUAAGUUUGAAGAAGAUCUGAAGCAGAUGUAUUCCAUGGAGGAUGAAUUUAGAAGAACCACGCUUGAGUUACAGAAGAAGCUGGGCAUCUCAACACAGGGAAUGAUUUAAUAAUAAUAAUGGGAUACAUCCGGGGUCGAAAUUGGCUGAAAUUCCUGCCGAAUACUGUAGAUCCUGAAAUUAACGUGUCCCUAAAUUAAUGUGAGUGAUGGUGGGCAGACUAAAAUCUGACAUGAAAUUAAUGCUAGUGGCCUCCCUUUGAAAUAUUAACUUUCCUAACACUGUGUACUUUUUGGUUAAAUCCAAGUUACAGGCGUCCUCAAUGAGAUCAACUUACUAACGUAUCUGUGUACACAUCAGUUAACCUGUUUAGUCCUUAGUGUUUUUGGUGAAAUGAACUUAAAACCUAUUUUUGCGGCAAACAUGUAUAGUUACCUAAAUCUGGCUAAACAUUAGCAUACAUGUACCAUUACAACUGUAUGCCAACACAGUUGCAGGGAACUUGAACAGUAAAGACAAAGAAAAGAUUGACCGCAAUAUUAGCAUGCUAAAACCUAUUCAUGCGCGAUGGAGCGUGUCGGCUUUUGACAGGGUGGCCAAAGACCCUGCAAUCGUCCCACAUGGCUGGCAGCUGGCUGGACUAUUGGACAAUUAGUCUGUCUCAUCUAUGUUUAAUUAUGCUCCAGUUGUUUUAUAAAUGUAUUAUAAUUUUAAUCGCGUGUGACACAUAACUUGUUGGAUUAUUCAAUAUUUAGUCUGUCUUGCCUACAGUGAAUUGUUUGCCAGUUCUGUUUUAUAAAUGCAAUGUAUAUUAGAAUUUUAAUUUUUGGGGGGUUGUGUUUAAUAUGUGACACAUAGACAACACAUAGAAAUAAAUGCGUAAUAUUAUUAAUGUGAAUAAUGCGAACUCGCAGUUUUCGCAGUAAUAUUAUGAUCGCUUUAAUUUCAGGAUCUACAGUAUUUGGUCUGGUAAGCUAAAUUCCUGCUGAAUAUUUUAUCCGGUAAGCUACAAAUUCUAUCGGACCAAAUCAAAACCUGCGAGACCAAAACAUGACCAUAAAGUAUAAAUGCGAAAUAAUUGCCGGUAGGCAAAAAUAUAUUCCCGGCCCGUGUGGUGAUGUUGACCGGCAAAACCUGGCUGGGAUGGCAACAUUUCGAUCCCUUUACAUGUUACAAAACAUUAUGGUAGAAAUACAAUUUCUUCUUAUACAUGAAUAAAACCAGAUUCCUUACAACCAUUGUGCAAUUCUUGACUCUUUUUUGUUUUAAUCUUCAUACUAGGACACAAUAGAAGAUGCUAACCAUUGAUUGGCUGUUUGUAGACAGUUUGUUGCUAUGUGGUGGGGGUGGGAGUGGGAGUGGGGGUAGAUGAAUGCACAUAGGUUGAGAGGCUAGGUUAAGUAUUUUAUGAAGAGAGGAAAAUGCUCAGAUUGCCAAAUGAAAUGACGUUGUAGUCAUAUUGCUUGCCCAGUUAGGAUUUUUGACUGAAUAAUGAUGUUUAGUUUUGCAGUGUUACAAAAACACCCAAAACAAAACUGUAUAGCCAGCACUUGAUGGCACACCAGAAGCUAUUGUAAAUUUUAAUUCAUUUGCAAAAUAUGAAUUUCAUUUCAACUUAUUUUCGUGCUUAUAUCCAAUUAAGGUUCAAGCACGCUGUCCUGGCACACCUCAGCUAU